CCUGCACCGUCCUCGUGGAAAACUCUCCGUUGUUUCACCACGUGAAUGCUGCUGUUCAUCUCAGAGUUUUCCAUCCCGAUCAAAAUUUUCUGAUUCUUCUGUAUCAGUCUUUCACACGCACAUGUUUCCCUCUGGAAACUCUUCAGCUCUGCAAGGCUCUAUUGCUGCUCUACAACUGCUUGAAAGGAGAGACUGUGGCCAGAUGGGGGGCUCUUCUCCCAGGUUAUGGAGGAAUCAAACAAGAAAUUGCACUGUGGACAAAUGCGUCAUUGAAGAUAAAUAGAAAUGAAUGACUAGUAAAUGCAAAUAUCUAUAGCAGAAGGAUGGAAAGCAGAAAGGGCAGAACAGCAGCACAGCUGAAAGAAAAGCAUAUGAAGAAGGACCUGAAGUGGAAUCCUGACAGAGCUUCUCGUCCAGCUUCAGCUGCAGUCCGGGUGACUGACUUGAGUUGGCGAGGUAACCUAAAUCCCAGUCCACUGAUUAAAGAUGAUGGAGAACUACUUAUGGAUGAAUACCUUUCCCCCAGGAAACUGAAAGCUUUGACAGGGAUGGAUGAUCUGCAGCAAGUAAAGACCCUAGAGAUGCGAGUAGAUACAAGAGAGAGCAGCUUGGGGAACUUUGGUGCCUAUCUACCUAAUCUGAGAGAGCUGAAGUUGAACAAUAGCUUGCUCGUAUCUGUGAGGGAUCUCGGAACCACCUUGUCCCAUCUCCACGUGCUGUGGAUGGCUUGCUGUGGGCUCUUGGAUUUGGAUGGAAUCUCUGCCUGCAGCUCUCUAAAAGAACUCUACAUAGCCUACAACAAAAUCUCAGACCUGUGCCCACUGAGCUUUUUGGAUCACCUUGAGGUUUUGGACCUGGAAGGAAACAAUAUUGAGGACAUCAACCAGAUGCAAUACCUAGGGCUUUGCUGCAAACUGAGCAGCCUGACAGUGCAGGGCAACCUUAUUUGUCUAAAACCAAAUGCAGAAUCUGCAGAGGAACUAGAUUACAAUUACAGAGCUGAAGUGAAAAAACUCAUUCCCCACCUGGAGUAUUUGGAUGGAAUACCAGCAAGCCAGACUUCUGUCCCUCCUUCCAAUAAGAUGAAUGAGGACUGGCUAAUCAUCAAGGAAUCCAUCAAGGAGGGUGGUUUGCCCAGAGACAUUUCAUGGUUAGAUCCAUGUGCAAUGGCAAGGCAGCCUGGAUCCAGCCCAAGACCUCUUACAACUUCCAGACUUGGAACUGCACAAUGGACUGCUAGUGCAGAAAGGUGGAGCAAUUCUCGUCUGUUGUACAACAGCUCUCCUCUUCCAGAUCCCACUAUUUCUGAGGACCUGUUUCCAGAUGACUCCAGUGAUUUGACACAUGGACUCAGCCAAGUCAUAUGUGGGAACCCCAUCAAGGCCCUUCGUGCAAGGAGGCUAAAGCUAGGUCCACCUGCAGCGAGCUCCUUGAAACUGUGCAGUCUGAAGAUAGAAAACCCUGACAUCUCUGUAGGAGGAGGAGAUGUGAGCCAGGAAGAUGUCUUCUCUGCGCCGAGAGUGUGGAGAGAGCAGCAUAAGCGGCGGUGCCUGCACAUAGCUCAGCAAGAAAGUGUCAUCCCAGCAGGAAAAUUAGCUACAGAUGAUGAGGAAGAGGAUGAAGGCUGCAGCCCAGCCAGCAGCUGUGAGAGUGAGCUGAGGGACAUCUCAGAUGAGGAUCUCACUGAAGAGAUUUCACCUGAUUCUUCUUGCCACUCCUGUCUCUCACAGUCUUCCUCAGAUUCACUACAUGCUCAGGAAAGCAAAAACCACUGUCUAAUUCCGUAUCCUCCAAAAAGCCCUUCACCUGCAACUCUGAUGGGUUUUGCAGCAAGACCCCGGGAGCUGAGGAAGCACAGGGCAAGGUGCCUGAAGCUAACCAGCCCAGAGGAGGGCAGGCAGCCCCAGCAGUGCCAGGCACGGGUGACUCAAGAGACUUCAGCUCAGCUGCUGGGCAAGGGCCUUGCACUGCUGAACCUGCACAGCGCGCCAGCAGUACAGGAGUCUCUGCCCUUCAGCCCCCAAGGGCAGUGCCAGCCCGAUGGCAGCACUGCCAGGCAGAGGCCUAUCUCAGGACCUGCAGCUGUUGGAUCAGCAGGCACCAGCCCCAACCUGGACAGGAGUCCCUGCAGAGUGACCAGCCAUCCCCAGCCGGUUGUCCUCUCACCCCUGAGACCCUCAGGGAGGGCUGGGCUGCUGAAAGCCAUUUGCCCUCCAACUGCUGGGGCAGUGCUGCAGAAGCUACCAGCCAGACCCUCUGUCUCAUCAACAUCUCAAAGCAGGAGUCCCCAUUCAUAGCCCGUGUGUAUCAGACCCAUUGACACCGUGUCAUCUCCACGCACUGGGUGCAGUCCUGACACUUGGAGGAUCAGUGCCAUCUUUCAGCUGCUUCUGCGAGAUAAAAGCAGAACUGUGCAAGUAGAGCAGUUCAAACAAAUGCCAUGAUUUGCCUCAAUUAAGGCUACAGCUGGUCCAGAAGUACUUUCUUUAAAGAGCACCUGCUGAUCAACUGGAGAGCUAAUCAACCUCUUAUGACAGCCAACGUGGUUAUUUUUUGCAGCCUUCAUGCACUAAAGCAGAACAACUCUUAAUGUAUUUCCUCUCUCCUGCCUCAUGCCCCACUCUGUGGAUGAGGCAGUGGCAGUAAACCAGCAGGGUGGUUCCAGGGUGGGCUGGAGGAAGUGGGAGACGUGCAGCAUUCCCCCUCACGCUCAGCAGCCUGGCCUACAAGCAUCCCUGCUGUGUGUGGCUUUUGCAGAACUCAGCAUUCAGGGACAAAGCCAAGGGUUCAAGGCAGCACUGACCUGAGCAUGUUUGCAUAUCAUAUGUCUGAGUCAUUUUAAAUAAUGCAGAGGCUAAGAUGAGGCAAGGGAAGUAAGAAAAUGAUCUCUUGUUUUACCGUGGGGCAUUUGCUUUAUAGUUGGUUAAGAUUCAAAAGAUCUGGUUAUAGUGGCUGCAGACUGAGGUGCUGAUCCCAGUGGCUGUGCCUUAUGACUUUAUUGAUGUUGCAGUCUUAAACUGAGCAUGAUCACAUUUUUUACAGUUUCAGUUACCAUGUUAGAUAUAUAUUUUAAAAUCCCUUGAUGACACAGUAAUUAUGUGAUAAGUUAAUUAAUUGUUUUAUGUCUUCUUUCUACCAGUCAGCUAAAAGUAAAGGAAUGGAAAGGCAGAGAAAACCCAAAAUCUUCAGCUUGUUGUGAUGCCCUGCUUUCUCUUACAAAAUAGCCUGCAGCUGGUAGCUAGUUUGCCUAGUUUUGGUGGGCACUAGAGAAAAUUAUCCAUCAAAAAGCAUCAAAAACAACUUGGUGUGUGAUCCAUGAAACACUGUGGAUGAGGCAGAUGUUGCCCAACACCAAUGCUUGCGUCAUUAAACUGGCUCCUCAGAUUGACCCUCUGCCAGUGUCACUGGCCACGACCAUGGCCAAAAAGAUCCUGACCCAAGAAAGUGGCGGCACAGUUUUCAGCAACAGUCUGCAGCAGGGUAACAAUCGGGCUCUUCUUGUGCAGGGCUGUAACAGUGGGUGAUGGGUAGGAGCACACUCUUUGGGUAUUCUGAGCCUCCUUCUCAGUUUGCGACUUUGGUUUCAAGAGAGCAGAAAAAAAACAUAAGUGGGUUUUUGUGCUUGAAAAUGGGGCAGCUGGACUGGGCUGCACGUGUUAUGCGGGUGCAGAACUCUGGGUACAGAUUUGGAAACUGCUCUCAGAAGUGGCUGGGAGCUCUUCUGUCAAUGAGCACUACUUGGCUCUGUGCAUGUUUGGGGCAAGGAGCAUCGCUGCAGUGGGGGGAAGGCUUGAAGGUGUGAUCAGAAAAAAGGGAUUUAUCCUUACAUUGCUAAAUUAUAGAUCAGGACAAGGUGUCUGCUCUACCUAUUGAUCAUAGAGUGGCUUGGGUUGGAAGGGACCUUACAGCCCAUCCAGUUUCAACCCCUGCCAGGGGUAGGGACGUUUCCACUGGCUGCUAGGCUGCCACGCUGCUGUCUGUCACUGCUUCCAGGGGAAGCAAAAUGUCACAGGGAUGCCAGUCUGUCCAGUGUCCUCAUCACAGCUUUGUACGUAGCACAGCUCUUACACAUUGCUCGUGGCUGCUAUGCUCACUUGUAUUUGAACACUUUGUAGAAAUGAGCUGCUUUGCACUUGGAACACGUUCAUCUCCAUUGCCAGAUGAAGAGGAGAUACUGUCUUCGGCUGCCAAGGAGGAGGAAACCCAGGAGACAUUUAGGGAAGAAAGUCUUACAUACACAUUUCAUUUAAACACAGACUACAGGUCAGCCCAGGAUAAUUUCUAGGGUAGUUUCUUGGAUAGGCACUGUGUUCAGAGCCCAAGUGUUUGGUCUCAGUGCUGUGUGCAGUGCAUCCCUGGUAAGGCAUGGAUGCUUCUGGGGUGAUGACUUGAGUGCCUCAUGCUUGGGUAGUGCCAGUCUCUCUGUUGUGUAAUGGGAUUUGAGGUGGCUCACAGUGCAGCCUGGUCUGUUCCCUGUCAGUGACUGAUGUUUGGUUAAUGCAGGGAAUAAUCGUUCUUUUUCUGAGGUGUAAGUCGUACCUAAGCUGGGGACUUUGACAGGAUGAUGCUGCCAUGCACAAGUUGUCAUACGUGAUUAAUUGGCGACAAGAUGAGAAGAGGCUGCUCAGCUGCUGUACAAGGCUGCAGAGGCUGUUGUCUGUAAUUACUGAGCUGUCUGAUGGCAAACGAGCUUGGCAGAUGGAGGAAGCCAUCAAGACAGCUCCACAGUGCCCUGGUGCCCCUUGGUGCCACACACACAGCAGCUGCUCCUGGAAAGCCGAGCAAUUUUUCCCCAUCAGGGGGUUGAACCAGGUGAUCUCCAGCCUCGUGUCACUUCCAUGUCUGUGCCAUGAUUCUGAGAUUAGCCCAUAUGGCACGGACACAGGAGCAGGGAAUAUGCCAUCUUGUACAUCUCCUUGCCAGCCUGGAAGAGAGUCUCCUUUUAGUGUUUGCUAUUCCCAGCAGUAUUUGGAGCACUGGACAUCUCUGGAGGGAUGGCUGCUGCAAUAGGAGGACAUUUUGGAAGGCUGGUGGCCUUCUGUCCUACCAGAGGCUUUUCACUCAGCUUUUCUCAGCAGGGCUGGAGGCCAGAAGAACUUCCUGGAGCUGAGGGUGUGGAUAUGGCACUUCUAUGUCCCAGAAGAGCAACUAGUUGGAAAGUGACGUUGUGGUGCCACCAAUAGAUAACCUUGUGGUGACAGCCUCAGUCACACCCUAGAGGCAAUGGGAACAGUUUUCUGCUCCACGGUGGUUUUCUAUGGGGCCCUUGAACAAAUUGUUUGGUCUGUCUGAGAAGUAGUGUAGUUUGGUCUUCAGUUUCUGAUGUUCAUCUACUUUCCAUCUGUAAGGAAAAAAGUAGAGUGCCAGUUCUCCUGUCUGAGGAGAAGUGUGGAUGCCCCUGUACCGAGGCAACCCACAGUUUUUGCUGGAUUUGGUGAGCAGGAGGAAUGAAUAUCUUGAAAUGGACACUAGAGGGAAGAAGAGAGUCUCACAAGUUAAGUUUUAAAAGUGAAAUGACUGGGAAACCAAAUGCAAGGAAGUUUGGAUCACUUGGGUGGCAUUCAUCACGCAGUGGGCUCAACCUGUCCUUUGUCACAUCCUUCUGUGUCCCAUGUGCUGGCUCAUGCAGUGCCCCAUAGCCUGUGUCUUCAUGCGUCACCUGCCUUGAUUUCUUUGGGGCUAUUUUCAUAGGAAACCUGUGCUGCACAAGACAUAGAGAACACCCUAACCCAUCCAGCAGUGCUAUGCACAAUCCCAGCACAUCCUGAAGAGAUUAUUUUUGCUGUAGGUCACAGAUGCAAGCUCUGCCAAAUCUGCUAUGGGCUCAGCACCAGGGUGACAGGAUGACAGGUUGCCCAGAGACCGCCCUAUCUCUUUCCUUGUAUCUAUUGACAGCUUUGUGGUUUUGAAGAAAAAAAGAGGUGUUAUGUUCCCCAUUCAACUGCUGUUGCACAAUACUGAUUUUUUUGGAUUAUGCACCAGUUCAGGGGGAGCUGGAAUCCAAACACAGAUCUUUGGAUUAGAUUAGCGGAAUGGAAAAACAAAGGAGAGGCCAUUGUUGCUAUGGAAAAAGUGACAACUUUACCUUAAGAUCAAGCAGACUUUGCAAAGAAUGGUUAGCUUGUCUUUUUUUUAGUUUGCAGUUUGAACAGAAUAAACACACAGGCGAUGAUAAGGGCUUUCCAGUGUGUCAGACCUGAGGGGAGAAGAGGUGAGCAGGGCAGAUAGCUCUCGGACAAGGAGCUGCUGGCAGCCGAGACAACCUGUGUGAUUUGCAGAGGAAGAUAAGGAAAGGGGGGGAACAUUCUGGGAGGUCUCAGCUAUUUACAUUCAGACAAUACAUGUGCUGGACCAUAGAAACCACCUCUGUUUGUGCUGAUGGUGUUCAAAGGUCUCGCAGCUCUUGGCUUCUUUUGCAACUUCAAUGAGGUGGAAUUAGAGAGAGUGGAGAAGGCAGGAACUGUGACAAAAGGCCUUAUAGAAUCAUUGGAAAGAUAGCUAGUGCAGCCAUCAACCUAUGGCUGUGACCACUCUAGACCAUGUCACCCACUGUCACAUCUCCACUGUUCUUGAACACCCCCAGGACGGUGACUUCCCCACCUCCCUGGGCAGCCUGUGCCAGUGCAUCACCUUAUAGUACCUGUUAAGAAAACUCCAUCCCAUCGGUUAAUACAUUCUGUCACUUGCAAUUAUUACAUUUUUGCAAGGAGAUAAUUACAGGAGAAUAGAACACUCUGAAGGCACCUGUCCUUUGGGAUCAGCUACAGCUAAUUCACACUGAAUGCUACAACCACCUUUCCCAAAGGCACUGCAGUUCUCUCUUAGCACAGCUGGCUCUGCAGCCAGCCUGCUUCUCUCUUCUCUCAGGUGUCAGUGGUUGAUGCCCUGCUGGGGCAGCAUUUGGACAACACUCUCAGAAACAUGGUUUGAAUUUUGGGUGGUCCUGUGUGGAGCCAGGAGUCAAACUCGGUGAUCUUUGUGGGGUUCCUUCCUAUUUGGGGAUAUUCUGUAAUUCUGCAGAGCUGCUCCUUUGCUCUCUGAGCCCUGCACGUGUCUCGGCAGGAAUCCCAGGAUGGCGGUGGGAUUUGCUUGGUUGCUUUUAAUGGGCACUGGGGCCAUUCCCUGCCACAUAGAAUUUAUUCAUGUUCUGGAUCACAGAGCUUGAAUGGUCUUUCGAAUUUCCAGCGCCUCAUCCACAGCCUCAUUUGCGGGGUGAUUCACGGGAUGAGGAUCAGGUUGAUUUGGGGUGAGAGACCCAGAAUGUCCUGAUCUAGCCAGCAUUAAAAGAAAACCACAGAACUGCCACUGUCAUGAUGGGCACAAGCAGCAUUGGGUCCUGCUCCCAUCACCCUGCAUCCUGCUGCAAGCAGUACUCUGCUGCUGGCUGGGGCAGACUUCGUGCUGGCUGCACUGCUGCUCUUAAGGACAGAAGCUGGGAAGGGAAACAGUCACUGGGUGAGCAAUUAGCACACUCAGAUGGCUGAAGAAGGCUUACAGGAGCCUCAUGUUGGCUGCCUGCUUUGAGCAGAUUCUGCUUUGGGCAGGGAGAGCAGGAGUUGGCUCUGUGCUUGCUAUGUUGGCUCCCUGCAGAGCAGACCCUAACAACAACCCUGUCACCGUAACCCCAACCCCUGGCCCUGUGUUGUGUCCAGUUACAGCCAUCAGCGGGUGCCCAGGGAACAGUGAGCCAGGAUGAAUAACGUCUCCUUAUCUCAUUAUCUCUGCUGAUACGUACCUGUUGCACAGGAUGAGCAACCAUC